CUCUCUUUCUUCUUUUUUGGGUUUUCUAAAGCCAUUCUUUGUGGAUUUGAUCUACUGUUCGCUCCUCUCUCUAGAACAGAACUCCUCCCUCCUCCCGCCGGAAAACCUCCUUCUGCGCCGGAAAACCGCUCGUUCGCCGGCGAGGUUCCUCGGAGGGCUCAUCGUGUGGAAAUUUUUCGUUCCUUGUAUCAUUGAUUCGGUCUGGUAUGUGGCGCGUGGAGUUUUUUUGACGCGGUUGGUGGAUUCGGCCCGAUCUUUGAGUUUGAUUCGGCCUGCGGUGGUUCACGAGAAUGUGGUGAGCCUGAGCACCUGUUUGGGAUCUUUUACGGCCGGUAUUGUCAGCUAGGAUUCAGCUUUCGCCGUCUGGAUCCUGUUUUUGGUGUUGGGCUUUUUCUUUGGUUGGUUUCUUCGCUCGGCGAAGUUAAAGAAGACGGAGGCGUCCAGAGAAGAACUUCGGAAUGAGAUGGUGGAAGGAAGGAUUUGUAUGUCUCGAGAGGCUAAAUUAGAAUUUUUGAAGCGUAAAAGGCUUCAGCGUAUGAAAUCUGAAACUUUGAGCAAUAGUGCAUGUGUCAGUGUGACUAACAUGAUGACUAGAAGUGGAGGAGAUGCUUUAAGAGCUUCUGCAUCGUGUGGUAUGGGAUUACACGGCAAUGCAGAGACAUUUUCACGAGCUGCUGGUGCUUCAAGCGAGAGGGAUGCCUUCUCAAAGCGCAUGGUAGCUAAGUUUGACUUGAAUGAUCUCGAGUGGACUGAAAAGAUUCCCGAGUGUCCUGUUUACCGUCCAGAUAAAAAGGAAUUUGAGGAUCCGUUGGUUUAUCUGCAAAAGAUAGCACCGAAAGCUUCAAAAUACGGUAUAUGCAAGAUUGUGUCUCCAUUGAAUGCAUCAGUUCCUGCUGGUAUGGUAUUGAUGAAAGAGAAAGUAGGUUUUAAAUUUUCAACUCGAGUGCAACCUCUCCGUCUUGCUGAGUGGGAUAAUGAUGACAAGGUCACUUUCUUUAUGAGUGGGAGAAAUUACACAUUUCGUGAUUUCGAGAAAAUGGCGAACAAGGUUUUUGCUCGUAGAUAUUUUAGUGCUGGAUGUCUUCCUGACGCAUACUUGGAAAAAGAAUUUUGGCGUGAAAUAGCUUGUGGAAAGACUGAAAGUGUUGAAUAUGCUUGUGAUGUUGAUGGUAGUGCCUUUUCAUCUUCUCCCAAUGAUCCGCUUGGGAAAAGCAAAUGGAACCUCAAGAAACUUUCUCGUCUACCCAAUUCUGUACUACGGCUUCUAGAAAAUACAAUUCCGGGCGUUACUGAGCCAAUGCUUUAUAUUGGAAUGCUGUUUAGUAUGUUUGCUUGGCAUGUGGAGGAUCACUACUUGUAUAGUAUCAAUUAUCAUCAUUGUGGAGCAGCAAAAACUUGGUACGGAAUCCCUGGUCAUGCUGCUUUAGAUUUUGAAAAGGUUGUUCGGGAACAUGUAUAUACUAACGAUAUACUAGCUGCUGAUGGAGAGGAUGGGGCAUUUGAUGUGCUUUUGGGGAAAACAACUUUGUUUCCUCCAAAUAUUUUACUGGAACAUGAUGUCCCUGUCUACAAGGCUGUCCAAAAGCCUGGGGAAUUUAUAAUAACUUUCCCUAGAGCAUAUCAUGCAGGAUUUAGUCAUGGUUUUAAUUGUGGUGAAGCAGUAAACUUUGCUAUUGGUGACUGGUUCCCUUUGGGGUCCAUUGCUAGCCGUCGUUAUGCACUUCUUAACCGGAUACCUCUCCUUCCUCAUGAGGAACUCCUUUGCAAAGAAGCAAUGUCGCUCCAUACAAGUUUGGAACUUGAAGAUCCAGAUCAUUCAUCUGCAGAGUUGAUCUGUCACCAUAGCAUUAAGAGUUCAUUUGUUAACUUGAUACGGUUCCAGCACCGUGCCCGUUGGUGUCUAAUGAAGAAAAGGGCAUAUAUUCGUGUUAUUCCAAUUUCUCAUGGAACUAUUCUCUGCAGUCUCUGCAAACGUGAUUGUUAUGUAGCAUACAUUAAUUGCAACUGUUGCCUUCAUCCCAUUUGCCUUCGCCAUGAGGUUAAGUCACUUGACUUAUCGUGUGGGGGCACUCGGACUCUGUGUUUAAGAGAAGAUAUUAGUGAUAUGGAAGCUGCAGCCAAGAAAUUUGAGCAGGAAGAGGGUAUGUUGUCUCAGGCUCAGCAACAAGGUGGAGGUGGUGAUGAUUUAAUCAAAUUCUCAACCGCCGAACAGGAUGGAUAUACUCCUUAUUGUGAGACAAACUUUGAUUUGAAUAUAGAGAUUGCUGAAAGCCAGGAUCUGAUCAAGCAGCCAGAGUCCAGUUCUCAAAGCCAUCCCCCUGCAAGAUCUGGUGCAGAAAGUUUUGGAACUCAGGCAUCAGAUCCAUCUCUCUCUUCUGCUGCGUCAACACUUUGUUCUUUUCUAGAGCCAGACAAUUAUGUUUGUAUUGACAACAAUCAGGUGGCACUUGAUGCAAACUUGAGUUCAGGGGACCUUCUGUCUACAGAGUUGUCUAAUGACGCUUGCAAUGCACAUGAAUAUUCUGUCAAUAAUACAUGUUUUGGUACCCAAAAAAGUGAUAUUCAGGGGCUAGAGGUUAGGCCUGUCCCAGACCAGGAUAGUGACGAAUCAGAUUCAGAGAUAUUCAGGGUUAAACGUCGAUCUUCUGUGAAAGUUUUGGAACAAAGAAAUGUGAACAAUGUCAUCUCUCCAAAUGUUGAAUAUCAGGGGCUUAAGCGACUAAAGAAACUCCAACCUACGGGAAGAUGUGAGGUGUCGACAUCGACGGAAUGUUCCAAUUCUGAUAAUUUAAACCGCACAGUCACUUGCAGCAUAACACGUGCAAAAGAAACGUCAGAUGGUGCUUUGAGGGACAGACAAGGCAGAGGAACUUGCAUUCCCAUCUCAAUUAAGUUGAAGAGAAAUGUUGAAGAAGGAGCGAGUAAAUUCAGAGAACACAACAGAGACAAAGAUGAUAGGUCUGAGUAUGAGUUGGGAGGAAGGACAGUUAGAGAACGGGCCCCUCCUUUUGAGAUUGGACCGAAGCGCCUCAAAGUCAAAGGGCCGUCUGUAAAUGGGUCGGACAGCAGGUUGGAGUGAGUAAAUCUCCAGGGUGGUCCUCUGGGAUAUUAUCUCCAUUUCCUGACUGCUAACUUUCUUUUCUCUAAUUGGGUUGGGGGGGUUUCUAUUUCUAACAACACGACAAAAGUGAAAUUGAUUUGGGAGCAGCAGCAGCAGCAGCAGGAGGAAAUAUUAACCAAGGUUUAGAUGACAGAAAACAGGUUAUGAUUCUUUGUGCAGGCCUCAAAUUGGGGCAAGUUGGCACGGAAGAUGGUGAUUUUUAGUAGGGUUCUCACGGGCGCCGGGGUGUUUUUCCGACUUUGGCAGGGGUGGAGAACCUUCCUGCAUUCAGAAAAAGAUGGGGUAGAUUUUGGAUUUAUUAGUGACAUCAUUGUAAAUUUGUUCUUUCUAACAAUCGCGUCAAACAAAUUAUAAUUCUUGGGAGGAAACGGGUAUUCCCGUUAUCCCCCCCUCUGUUUCUCUCUCUCUCUGUCUCUCUCUCUCUAGUUUUUAGUUUGCCUGCCUGCUUGCUUGCUGCCUCCCCUGCUAAAGGUUCGUUAUUCUUUCUGUAGCAAAAGGGCACAUGGACUACUUGAAUAAAACUUAAGAAAAUUCCUUUUAUUUUAUA